AUGGCUACCUUUGGUGACGAUCCACUCUUGUUGGACAUGGAGCUGGAUUCCAGACUUGCUAAGAUAAGGGCGCAGGUCACUUCCAAGCUGGAAAACCAGAAACAGCUGGCUCUUGUGCUGCAGGCAAUCGACGAAAACCUUGCAGAUCAGAAACAGAAGCAGAGUCCAGUCACAUACUUUGUGUCGUUCAUCUCUCUGUUGGAUCAAUGUUGCGAUGGCGAGGAUAUCAGAGACUCUAAUUUGGCCGGUGUUGCCCUUUAUUUCCUAGAUAUUGUUUGCCCUUACACUCCAAAACAGCUGCUGAGGUCUAAAUUCAGUGAGAUUCUUGCUCGUUUGGCCCCAUCACUCUCCAGCAACGAGUCAGAGGCACCGCUUUUGAGAUCGGGAAUUGGGGUUUUGGAAAGCUUGCUUGUUUCCCAAGAGACCGGCGCAUGGAUCAACUCAGACAACUAUAAGAUUAGUCCUAAGAGAGGACUUUCAGGACUAUUGCAACUUUCGCUGGACCCAAGACCAAAGGUUAGAAAGAGAGCGCAAGAAGCGGUCCACAAGACUCUCUCCACCGUUCCUGCUGGUCCUUCUCUCGAGCACCCUGCCUCGACCAUGUGUGGGGAGUUCUCGCUGAACUCAGUGAUCAAGCUUUUAGAAAGACAACAGCAGGAAAAGAAGAAUAAAGACCUGAACACAGAAAUCAUCCACAACCUUCAGCUGAUUGCCUCGAUCACCAAGGCUAACUCGUGGCCUUUGAAACAAAUCAUUCCUCUUUGCGAUGUGUUGUUAGCAGUGGCCAAGACCAGCGACCAAUACCUGGUUUCUUCUGCUUUUGACGCUUUCGAAGGAUUGUUUCAGUCAAUGAAUGACGAGGUCGAUGAGGACAGGUUCGUUCAAGUUUUGAACGUGCUUUUUGAUUUGAAACCUGCAGUCAACGACCAACACCUUGCUCCAUCUUGGCUUGCGGUCAUCGCUAAAGCUCUCACUUCAUACUCCAAGACUUUGGACGCAUACAAAUGCAUUUUAAAACUUCCUGACGUCUUCAACAUUGUGAGCGACUUUUUCCUGAGUGAGAACACAAACGUCCGUAUCAGCGCAUCGCAAUGUCUGAUUGCCGUGAUCGAAGACUCUGUCGACAAACAGUACUUGCUGCUCCCUCCAAAGACUACUCCUGAGGUCUACGAGAACGUUGAGGAAGUGAUUGAAAAGCUUUCUGAGAUCACAGCAAACUUGCUCUCGGUCAAGUUCAGACAGGCUGCUUCUGUGAUCUGCGAGUUGAUUGCCAGUAUUUUUAACAAGUUUGGCUCCCGUGCAGGACCUUACUUCACAAGCCAUUUACAGGUGAUUGGAGAUUGGCGUUCCAACGAACAGGAAGGAUUCGAGUUAAACCAGGUCAGUGAAACCGUCAUUUCUGUGGCCAUCAGCUCUAUCGGGCCGGAACAGGUGUUGAAUGUUCUUCCUCUCAACCUGACAAACUCAAAGGCUACCGGAAGAGCUUGGUUGCUUCCAAUCUUGAGAGACAACGUGAGCCAUUCGAAGCUGGGAUACUACAUUUCGGAAAUUUUGCCAUUGACCACUUUCUUCGAGGAGAAAAUCGCCAACGGAAACCCAGAAUCGAUGAACACCAAGGUCUUUGCCACGAUCGUUGACCAGAUUUGGUCGUUGCUCCCACAUUUCUGCGAUCUUCCUUCUGAUUUGAUUGAAAGCUUCACAGAUGAUUUUGCAUCCAAGCUUGCCGGUUUGUUGUACGAAAAAGCAGAUCUUAGAAACAUCAUUUGUCACGCCCUUAAGCUUCUUGUCGAAAGCAACGUCACCUACUCUUUGGGAGUUAUUGACGAUGCAGUUUUGAACCAGGAGUUCCCUGUCGAACUUGCCCAGAAAAACGUUGAAUAUUUGUCUGCUACCAAAGCUUUCAAAAUGCUCUCAGUGCUAUUUAACGUUUUCUCGCAAACUCCGGUAGCUCAAAGAGGCUACGUUUUGGAAACCAUUGACGUCUAUCUCCAGAUUUCUAAACCUGAAGAUCUGGAAAAUACGUUCAACAAGGUUUGUGCUAUUUUGAAACAAGCAUUGGACGACGAAAAGGAAACUGAUCUCAUCAAGAGCGACGAACCUGUGGCCAAGUCGAGCAUCCCUAAACUGUCCAUCACAAUGAUGGAUCUGAUUGCACAGAUGGCCAAGUAUGUGCCAGAGUCGUGCCACAACGCGCUUUUUUCGAUAUUCAACCAAACAGUCAAGAUUCCAGACGUCCAACUCCAAAAACGGUCUUACAGAAUCAUCACCAAAAUGCUGGAAACCGAGGCCGGAGAACAAGCUGCCUUGGGAUUCAUCUCGAACAUCCUUUCUCUUUUGCUGGAAACCACAGACUCCACCAUGACCGCUGCUAAAUCUGCCAGAUUCGCUUUAAUGUUGGCUAUCAUUAAACUCCUGCCUGCCGAUCAGUUGCAUUUCGUGCCAGCAGUGGUCUCUGAGGUCAUUAUUAGCACUAAGAGUCUGAACGAGAAGACCAGAGAGUCUGCUUACCAAACCUUAAUUGUUAUGGCUACCAAAAUGCUGGAGAACGAGGGAGCUCCAGUGAGAAACAGUCUGAAUGACCCAGAAAUGCCAGAUUCUGUUGCAUCGUUGCAAGAAUUCUUCACCAUUUGUUCUGCCGGUCUUGCUGGUGCCACCUCCAACAUGAUUAGUGCUGCCAUCACUUCUCUCUCUUGUCUGGUUUACGAAUUCCACACCAAGAUGGAUAUCCAACUGUUGACCGAUCUUUACCAGACUGUGGAAUUGUUUCUUACCUCCAGAAACAGAGAGAUCAUCAAAUCCACGUUGGGUUUCGUCAAGGUUGCAAUUUUGAGUCUGCCUGAAGAAAUGGUCACCCAGAACAUGAAGGGUCUGCUUACCAACUUGAUGACCGCCUCGCACGAACACAAGAACCACUUCAAAUCGAAGGUCAAGCACAUCAUCGAGCGUUUGAUCCGUAAGUUUGGCGUCGAACUUGUGGAGGAGUGUAUUCCCGAGGAGGACAAGAAACUGGUUGCAAAUAUCAAGAAAUCCAAAGCCAGAGCCAAGAGAAAGAAGACUGAAGGAACGGGAGCCAAUGCCACCGACACAGGCGUCAUGUCUGGAUACGAAGCUGCUCUGUACAGCGAGUCUGAGUCCGAAGAUGAGGAGGAAGAUUCUACCGGAAAGCCUCAGCAAUAUAUUUCUGAACCUAGAGACACUCCAUUGGAUCUCCUUGAUAAGGAUACCUUGACCCACAUUUCGUCAUCCAAACCUAAGAAGUUCACCAAGAAGUCGUUGCAAAAUGAGUUCAAGACCAAGAACGGUAAGCUGGUAGUUGACGAAGAGGACGAUGGCGAGAUUUUGGCGAAAGAUUCCAUUGACGCAUACGUUGAGGCUGUGAAACAGGGUCCUGUGAGAGGCCAGAAGAAUAAACUGAGAUACAAGCACAAGAAGGGCGAUGAUAUCGAUUGGGACGACGGCUCGGAUACCGAGUCCAAGCCAAAAACCUCGAAUAAGGUACAAAAACCUCAACGCAAGCCAAAGAAUAAGUUCAAGUCCAAAAGACGCUUUUAG